UUUUCUUUUCUUUUCUUUUCUCUUUACCUUUUUUCUUAAUAGUGCAAUAAAAUGUCAGUAAAGGAAGUAAGACUACUUAUCAAUGCCAUUGGCUUGUAUUCCAACCUAUAUGCACUGAAAAAUAUAAAUUCGACGGUCUUACAAAAUCCUUAUUCUUUGGGCUUUGGUGGUCAGUAUCAAUAUUUGACAAUUCUUGGACUAGUCACAGCUACUAUUGCCUUCGGUUUAAAGAUCCUUCGUUAUUUUGUACCCACGUUUUCUUCUUUAAUAUAUGCAAUUGUGACAAACAUUGCAACACCUAUGGAAGGCCUUAUUAGCGUCUUGUAUUGGUCAAUGCUACUAAUAGACCCUCGUCUGCUCGUGCCUGAGGAUUUACCACGUAUUCCUCUUCUCUUAGAUUUUACCCUUCACCUGUUUCCUGCCAUCUUUUUGUGGAUUGACUUUUUGAUGUUUGACAUAGACUUUGUCAGGUCCAAUGCUCAUGUUCUUGUUAUUUACUCCUUCACCUUAUUCUACUUCAUCUGGUCCUCAUACUGUCAUUCGAAAAAUGGCUAUUGGCCAUACCCUUUCCUCGGUGAUUUUACACUAUGGAUGCGUAUUGGCUUCUUUGUCAUGUCUGGUGUUCUCUGCUGGGGAAUGUAUGAGCUAGGAGCAGCGGUACACGCAAGAUUACAUAGAAAACCUGUGGUGAAGAGUGCCCGCUUAAAGCAAUAAAAAAUGACUUGUUGAUGCUGAUAUAGGCAUCACAUAGUUUAUUCAAAACACAUGGUUUCGUUUCAAAGUGACAUAUUCUCUUUUCUUCAACUAUGCGAGUAAAUUCAUGUUUCACGUUGGAUCUUUUACUGAAAGGUAGUUGUUGCUAAUAUAAUUUAAUGCACGUAUAAAAUAAACUAAGUAAGGAAUUGUCUAGUCAGUGCGCC